CCAACAAAGAUUUCUAUAUAUUAUAUUAUUAAUGAAUACUACUUUCGUUCUCGAAUAUCUUAUUAAAUACCUUGCUACAUCAGCAAGUUUAUUUUAAAAAUAAAACGCCACAAAUAAAAAAAUAAAACACGAUAAAUAAAUAAAAAUAAAGCACAACAAAUAAAAAAGAACGUCAAUUGAAAAUAGCCUAGGUGCAUAGACCAUGACAUUGAUGGUAGGCCUGGGCCCACCACUGCUGGCGGUUUCGAAUCCAGUGAGCGGCUUUACUUUUCCGUUGCGUGUAUCCUCUCGGCUCUCGCCUCGCCGAGUCGCCGUCGAGUCCGCCAUUCCAUUCACCCCGGUUCCCCUCCCGUGCAACCGCGAGCAGAAGCCACCAUUUCAAAACGAGGACGAGCCCGCUGCUGGUGCUGUCCCUUCCCGCGCGCCGCCGGCGCCUGGCCACCUGCUCCGCGUCGGAUCUAGAGCGAGCGAGCGUCACCCGCGGCUCUCGUCGCCGUCAGCGUCACCCACCCGUCGUCUUCUUGCCUCCGAAGUCAAAUCUUCCACCCCAUAUCACCACAGAGAAUUCCAACCCAUCCACUUCCGCGGCCUGCUGCCGUCCGCUUUAUUUAAACCGUCCGCCACGGCGACCCCGACGACUCCCCCCGCGGCCUCUCCCGCCAGCUCCCCCUCACCCCCGACCAUCCACGCCUCCAAGCGCCGCCGCCGCGAGACCGAAGCCACGGGGAACACGCCGCUGAGGGGUGGCAGGGGCCCCGCCCCUCGCCGCCGCUCGUCGACUCCGCCUCCUCUUUCUCUGCCGGCGGCGGAGUUUGACCCGCUCGACCCGGACGCUGACCCGCCCCCCAAGCUGCUCACGGCCGACGAGGUGAGGCUCUGCAAGCAGGCGCUGAAGGCGCUCGACAAGAAGGUCGGGAAGCCCGCCACGCUUACCAAGGAGUUUCGUAGCCUCCCGGAUAUAAGAACAGAGCUUCAGUCAGUGCAAAAAUUUAGUGUUGCUCGGAAACAAGAAAAUAGGGGAAGAAACCGCUAUACUGAUGUGUUGCCAUUUGAUCAAAGCAGGGUACAGUUAGAGUCUUCAACAGGCAAUGAUUACAUCAAUGCCAGCCAUAUAGAGAUUGCUGGCAGAAAUCUAACGAAGUUCAUUUCUACUCAAGGACCACUUGCCAAUACAAUUGAGGAUUUUUGGCAGAUGGUAUAUGAGAACCACUGUCCUGUGAUUGUUAUGCUCACCAAAUUUGAUGGUCUUAAGUGUGAUGAGUAUCUACCAUUGAGCAAGGGACAGGCUGUUUUUGGAAAAUUUACCAUUAAGAUCACAAAGUUCAGGAAAGAUGGUCAGUUAUUGUUGCGUGGUGUGGAGAUUCGACAGGAUGAGGUGAAUAUAUAUAAGUCAGAUGAAGUGCGAUCUCUUCUCCACAUUGAGUAUCCGGAGUGGCCUGACCAUGGGGUGCCAAACAGCAGUGCUGAUGUAAGAAGAAUUCUAAAAAGAUUGUAUCACAUUCCAAGAGAGAGGCCAAUAGUUGCACAUUGCAGCGCAGGCAUUGGAAGAACAGGUGCUUAUACCACCAUCCAUAAUACAAUAGAGAGGAUUUUACUUGGAGAACAGGGGGCUGCUGAUCUUGUUGAAACUGUCAAAAAAUUUAGAUCACAGCGACCUGGAAUGGUCCAAACAGAGGAGCAAUACAAAUGUUGCCACCAUGCAAUCAGAGAUGAACUGGAAGAUCUUGUAUCGAGUUCAAAAAUUGAGCCGCUUUCGAGGAACGGGUAACGCUAGCAGUGAUGUUCUACUGACCUAUCUGACAGCGUGAUACCUCUUUACUUGCUCCAUUCUUCAAGCUUCGGCGAUAGCCGUUAUGAACAUCAUGACUUCUGAAAUGUUGCGUUUUAUCUGGAGUUUUAAAGCCUUUACAACAUUCUUCAACCUUCUAUGAUCUAACAUUCAUUGUGGUGUAUGCAUGAAAUUAGAAUUUAGAUUGAUGAUAUAUUAUUGAUUGUGCCCGCCCCCACACCCCCACAGAUUGUAUUUUUGGUUAAUGGUGUAUGCAUGAAAUAUGAUGCACAGGAAAGAUUUGAUAUUGGUGUGUU